GGCGGGGCGAGGCCGGCCGAGACUAGCGCGAGGCGGCAGCGGCGCUCCCGCAGCCGGAGCCCUCGCCUCGGCGGCGGUCGCGGCGUGGCGCGGGGGCGGCGCGGAUGGUGAGAGGAGCCGCCCGGCAGCGCCUGCCCCGCACCGGCCCGGCCUCCAGAGCUCCAGGCCCGGCCGAGAAGCCCUGCCGCAAGCGGAGGCCCAGUUGCUCUAGAGUGUCCGGUCUGCCCCAGUGGAACGCCGCAGAACCCGAGGGCCUCGCCACGGGAUUUAGGUCGAGCUUGCUGUGGAGCGCACAGGACCUGGGGACUGAGUUUGCCCUAAAAGAAAUCAUGUCAUCAGGAGGAGCUGAAGAUGAUAUUCCUCAAGCAGAGAGGAAAACAGUUACAGACUUUUGUUACUUAUUGGAUAAAUCUAAACAGCUCUUCAAUGGCUUAAGGGAUUUACCUCAGUAUGGGCAAAAGCAGUGGCAAUCUUAUUUUGGGCGAACAUUUGAUGUUUACACCAAGCUGUGGAAAUUUCAACAGCAACAUCGACAAAUAUUGGACAAUCGGUAUGGGUUGAAGCGGUGGCAAAUUGGGGAAAUUGCUUCCAAGAUUGGGCAGCUCUAUUACCAUUAUUACCUGCGCACUUCUGAAACCAGCUAUCUGAAUGAAGCUUUCUCCUUCUAUUCAGCAAUUAGGCAGAGGUCAUACUACUCCCAAGUCAACAAAGAAGACAGGCCUGAACUGGUGGUUAAGAAGCUGCGUUAUUAUGCAAGGUUUAUAGUAGUUUGUCUCUUGCUCAACAAAAUGGAUGUUGUAAAGGACCUCGUAAAGGAGCUGUCAGACGAAAUUGAAGAUUACACUCAUCGCUUUAAUACUGAGGAUCAGGUAGAAUGGAACCUGGUUCUUCAGGAAGUGGCAGCUUUUAUUGAGGCAGACCCUGUAAUGGUUUUAAAUGAUGACAACACCAUUGUAAUCACCUCUAACAGGCUUUCUGAAACAGGAGCUCCAUUGCUAGAGCAGGGAAUGAUAGUGGGACAGCUUGCUCUUGCAGAUGCACUGAUUAUUGGGAACUGCAAUAACCAGGUCAAGUUCAGCGAAUUAACAAUUGAUAUGUUCCGAAUGCUACAAGCACUUGAAAGGGAACCAAUGAAUUUAGCUUCACAAAUGAACAAACCUGGAAUGCAGGAGUCAACAGAGAAACCAGCCAGGCGGGAAAACCCUCAUAAAUACCUACUUUAUAAACCAACUUUUAGCCAGCUAUAUACUUUUUUAGCAGCAUCGUUUAAGGAGCUGCCUGCGAACAGUGUACUGCUGAUUUACUUGUCUGCCACGGGCGUGUUUCCCUCAGGUCGUUCGGAUAGUGAAGGUCCGUAUGACUUUGGCGGUGUUCUGACAAAUAGUAACCGGGACAUUAUAAAUGGGGAUGCUAUCCACAAGCGAAACCAAUCUUACAAGGAAAUGCACUGUCUUCACCCUGGUGAUCUCUACCCUUUCACAAGAAAGCCUCUGUUUAUCAUUGUGGAUUCUUCAAAUAGCGUUGCCUAUAAGAACUUCACAAACUUAUUUGGACAGCCAUUGGUGUGCUUGCUUUCUCCAACAGCAUAUCCAAAAGCAUUACAAGAUCAGUCUCAGCGGGGUAGCCUCUUCACACUCUUUCUGAACAAUCCUUUAAUGGCAUUCCUAUUUGUCUCUGGAUUAUCAAGCAUGCGCAGAGGAUUGUGGGAGAAGUGUCAAGAUUACCUUAGAAAAAUCAACCGAGAUAUUGCCCAGCUGCUGACCCACUCGCGUUCCAUAGAUCAGUCCUUUCUUCAGUUUUUUGGAGAUGAAUUUCUUCGCUUGCUUCUAACAAGAUUUAUCUUCUGUUCGGCUACUAUGAGGAUGCACAAAAUUUUCCGGCAGGAAACUCGAAAUUAUCCAGAAUCUUAUCCUCAGCUGCCAAGAGAUGAAACUGUGGAGAACCCUCACCUCCAAAAGCACAUUUUGGAGCUGGCUUCCAUACUGGAUGUUAGAAAUGUUUUCCUGGAAAACACACUCGACGAUUAUUAAAAGAAACUGUCUUACUGCGAAGGGGUUUCCCUGGUCACAGAUUUUGAAUGGUGCAGUUUUCUAAUGUGAAAAUCAUAAAAGGAAGUACUUGAUUUUAUUUUUAAAUUUAGGACCAUUAUUUUAAAACGUAAUAAUAAACAGCUGUUAGUUUAGCUGUUCCAUUCUGUAUGGGGUCAAUUUUAUAAGCAAAACUUUUCAUGUCUUUUAAAUGUUAAACUAAAGAAUCAUGAGAGUUUUAUUUCUGGUCUUGUGGCUGCUGUCAACCACAUUUCCAACAGCUGAUCCUAAGCAUAGAAGUACUAUUGGUUACCUUUAGCCCACGUUCGUGGAAAUCCUUUAUUUUUAUACAAUUUUAAAAAGUUGAAAAAAAUCAAUAGAAAAACAAUAUUUUUUCCCCAAAGACUCUGGAUUUGAAAUGGUAAAGAAAGAAUCACACAGUGCAAACCAACAAUAGCAAUAAAACAGAGUCCUUCAUAACAAAUAUAUUUUUUCAGUCUUAGGCAAGUAGACAAAACUGAGGUAGAUUAAGCUGCAUUUGGAGCAGUGGGUCUGACAUGAAGUCGUAAAGAUAUUUAAUGCUCCCUAUAAAUUUGUCACACCGAUUCCAUAUACAAAAUUUGUACUGCCGGCCAAGGAUAAUUUCCACUCCACUUGCUUGGGUGGAUGGCUAGUAGACUGAUGAAUUAGAAAACCAAGAAAGCUGGCUCCCCUCUCUCACCAUAACAUGGGUCAUCCUGCCAUUUGUAUUGCUGCUGCAAUUUUCCAGGAGGAGAGGGCAUUCUUCAUUUUGAGCUAAUAGACACAAAUUCUUAAAUCUCCAGUAGGUAUAAUCCGUCCUUUCCUUGUGUUAAUGAAACGUGUGGCUCCCACAGUGUUAACAGUCCCAGAUAAGAGUUGAAAGUGUCACAUAAAGUGCUGAAUAUCAACCCUUCCUAGCACCCAUUUUUCCAACCAAUCUGUUUGGGAUCCCUGUGCCCUGGAAGAGACACUGAUGCUCCUCUUGGAGGUUAAAAAGAAAAAAAAAAAAAAAAAGGGGUGCUGCCACAAAGCCCCAGCAUACUUAGUGUUGUGAGUGCCCAUCAUUGCAUCUCAGUCCUUUCUCAAGCCAGUAAAACUGAGGGGCUAUAAUGCUGUUUGGCGCUCUCAUCCCAUAACGCUCAGUCUAGGUGUAGUAAGGAGUACUGUGACCUUUGUAAAGGCGCUUCCUGGAGAAGGCUAUUCUGACUGUGGGGAAAAAGUGCUUGCUGACUCUUUUGGACUGUACGUCCUUCCUUGCAGAGCUAGAGGAACUCUUGCAACUCCUGACAGUGAAGGCAUGGGGUGGGGGAUAAAAAUAUUCUAAACUAUUAAAUGAACAAGUCUGUUUUCACUGUUCCUGUGCUGGAAAGGAAGUGAAAAGACAAGUCUGAUCAGUGCUUUAAAGUUGACACCUAGCCAUGCCUCUAAUUUCAGGUGGAAAAAAAAUUGCAAAAUGUGGAGACUACUAUGGUGUAGGCAUGUUUGCAAAGCUGUGACACAAUGGUAUGAUCAGCUCAAAAGCUGGAAUAGUGAAGGACUAGAAAUCGGCACUGAUGGACCCUCAUUCAGCAGGGUGUAGUAUAGAACAGCAGGAUUUGCUAGAGUAUAAAUGGGAAGUUUGUUUGAAGGUUCUCUGUAUCUUGGGCUGUAGCCUAUGCCCUCUAUUCUUUAAUUUCUGAAGUGUAAAAAAUUCUAUGAAUAUUAGUGUUUGUUUCUCUGAGCAAUCUUGAAACUGGUAUAUUGAGCCCCUCACCACUUGGUGCUGUUCUUCUUUGGACUAUGGCAGGACUUUGUUACCUGGGAUGUGGAGUUUAUUUUAAAGAAUGUGUGUUUGUGUGUGUAUGUGUAUUCUAGGCGUUUGUGUGUAUAUGUACAAUACACAUACAUCUACUUGCUGGUGUAAAUUGUAAAUAUGUAUAUAUGUAUAGGUACUUGUAUAUGUAUUAAAAAGUAUGGAAACAGUACAAUGUCUAUAUACAAAAUUUAUAUAUACACACAUACGCCAUUUUGGGUGCAUUCCACAAAGUGUUCCAGACCAUUUGUGGCUGUAGUAAGGUUAUGGCUCUUCUACCAUUGUAAUUCUGUUUUCAGGGACUUACACUUGGUCCUUGAAGUAAUUCAGAAUUGAAAUCAGGUACAAGAGGCCUUAGCUAGGGGUUAUGAGUACUCCUAUGUAUAUUACAGUGAUUAGAUUCAUGGAUUCUUAAUGGUGAAGCUGAUGAUCUGCCUUUCCUUCUGGUAGGAGGUUCCCAGUUACUAAAACUUGGGAUCAUAUGUGGAAGCUAAAGAUAAUGAAAGCCUUUAAAGCAGCAGCAGGUGAGAGUUACAGAUUAUCAUUUCUGUUACCCUCCCUGCUGUUCCUCCACCAGCAGUGUUUAAUGUGCAUGGCAGAGGGGAAUUUUUUCCCCCAGCUCACUGCCUUCCAAUCAGAUGCUUCUGUUCUGCUUUAGCUUUUGCUUUGAUGAAGCUAUUCUCAUUUUGGUUCCAUGUAUCUAGAAAAUAGUGUGCUAUUUUGAAGCAUAGGAGUGAAGAUUCCUUUAGUGUGGGCUGCUGAACCUCGGUGGAAUAUUGCCUGCUAGCUGACUGGGGAGGCCUUGGCAGACACGCAAGUCUGCGUUUUAGCUGGGCUGAGGCGAGGAGUCCUUGCUUGCGAUCUGUGAGGCCUCCAAACCACUUUGCAGCCCUAAGAAGAGGUUCUGUUUGCUUGUUACCUAAGUAGAUCUAAUCAGAGGAGAAUGCACUUUAAAAAAAAAAACAAAACAAAAAACUGACUAAAGAAGCUAGAAUGUAGGAGGAGAAUAUGCAGCUUUGAAAAUUAGUUCAGAAGCUAAACACAUUAUCAGCUUUGUCUGUUCAAGUCAAAAAUUCAUUCUUGAGGUCCCUCAUUCUCUUCUUACCUAGUGAGCUUUGGUUCAGAAGGUAUGCUGCUGAUAGGAAUAGUCGAAGAUAAAGAUUUCACUCCUGUUGUGUCAGUAGGAGUAAGAAAUUGUACUUUAUAAGAAAAAGCUGAUACCUUCUGUCUGCUCUAGCUGUAGAUGAGUAUUUGAUCUUGGACUUUGAGCCAGACAUCCUAUACCCUGUGCUCCCCCCCCCCCCCAAAAAAAAAAAAAAAAAGCAGCUGCAUUCAAGAUGAAAAUACUUAUGUUUCCCUCCAAGUAAAAGCUUGUCUUGUUUGAACUUACUAAGUCAUUCUAAACUUGUGCUACUGUGUACUGUGUGCUAUGGUUGUAGGUACCUUCUCUAUGUAUGCUUGUAUGUACUGAAGAAAAAUUUGGUUUAUAUAUCUAGCAGAUCUCACUAGAGGGGAGCAAAGACCAUUUUUUGAGUGAGGAGAGAACAGAUCCUUUUCUUCUCGGGCCUAAUGCCAUCCCUCUUGUAUCCCUCUCCUUUUCCCCAUAUAUCCUUAUUGCUUAUGUUAGUGGAGAAGACUUGCUACCAUUAGGCAAUACUGAAUUAAAAGUGUAAAUCCUGUACGUAAUAUCUAAAGAGAGGAAAAUGUGAACUUGACUGAAUGUUUCUUUACUGGACUUCUCCUGCCUAGGCCCCUAUAUACUGCAUGUGAUAUGUUUGAAUUAACCCUGCUUCCCCAGGAGGCAUCUUUGUUUGUACUCCUUUGUCCAAAUUGGCUUUAGAACAUCUAGCCAAAUCAGUGCUGUUGCCUCCCCCCCCGCCCUGCUCCUCCCGACUUCUCAAAAUAACAGUGAGAGGGGAAAAUAGGGCCAUGAAGUUUUAGAGCUCUGUUUUUACUCUUUGGACACUGUCAUUUUGCUCCGUGGCAACAAAAAUGGAGCAUUAAUUUCUGUGAGCUGUGCAAACUGGAGUUGCUCCCUGAAGUGCUUUCUUGAGAAGUUUCAGGACAGUUUGGGUAAUUUGUCAAAUUUGUCAGCAGGUCAUGACUUACUAAAAUCCUCAAGAAUAUUCUACAGGGAGAAGUGUAGAGAUGCCUUUCUAAGAAUCACAGAAGGUUGAUGGGGACAGGAAAUUAGGCUUCAAAUAAUCAUCUGCAAAAGCUACAAGUUCAGUAGCUCUGGUCAGGCUUCUUGUCUAAGGAUGGGAUGAAAGUACAGCUCCAAGAUUCAUCCACAGGCAUGCUGUUUUGAAUUACCUUUCCCCUCCCUGCUUCUUCCUUAUAGUAUGACUGUGCUAUGCUUGAAGUCUGCUUUUUCCCAAAAGCUAAAAAGCUUGGGAUCUCUCUGAGCAACUUUUUUGUCUUGAGGCUUCUUUCAUAAAAGCUUUAUCUAUGUUAGAUUCUUCAGUAAAUAUUCUUAUUACAGGUCACUAGUGAUAGCAGUGGCAGAGCCCUUGUUUAGUCCUGCCCAUCCCACAUUAAGUGGUUGCUUUGGUGUUGGUAGCUGAUCUGUGUGAUGGCUACUGUUGUUCCUGUAACUGAGGAAGCUCCACAGUUACAGCAAGCGUAAUCUUGCAAGGGAAAAAUACUACAUCAGUUGAAAGCGGUUCUGUGGAACUCGGUAAUGUUAAGACUAAGCUGCACCACCAACCGCUCUGUGAAGGAUACUGGUGGAGAAGACAGGGCAAAACUGUCCAGAGUAGAUGACUUGCAUAUUCCUGACAGGGCUCUCUUACAUUGCCGAGUAUCUUUGACUUCUAGAGCAAUUUGGCUUGUGUGACCAAAUCUAUUUCCAAGGCUUUGAAAGUCUGGAUGUUUACAAAUAGAGCAGAGGAGGAAGCAUCGGACAAAUACUUCUGAUUUAUAGUUAGGAGUGAACGUAAAGCUACUGCUUCUGAAAAAGACCCUACCUUGUCAUCGCUUUUUUCAUCCAAACCAUUGCUCUUCCAAGACAGAGGAGGAGAUCUAGUUGAGGAUUUCUGAAUUUGAAAGAUCUUUCAGAAGACCAAGGAAUAACUCUGCAUUCCCAUUGACUUACCCUUAUUACUGGACCAGCUGCCCUGAUCCAUGCAUAGAUGGUUUGCUCUUUAGGAUCCUACUUUCACAUUGAGAGCAGACUUAAUUACUGUUUACUUGCCCAAAGUAGCCCCUUGAGAGAUUUCUAGACCUUAUUGGAUCUUAUAUCAGCCAUUAUUCCUUCAAGAAAAAAAGCCUAUGUUGAGUAUCUGGCCCGCUAACUUUGCAGAUUUCUUUUUGGCAUUUUUGGCAAUAUUACCACUUCUCAGUUGUAACUGAUUUUUAGGAGCAGGAUUUCACCUCAUACAUUUGAAAAGCACAAGGUGCUUAUGCCUUGGCCCUCAGCUCAGCAAGAAGUACAAGAAACAUACAGAUGGGAGAGGGAGGGGGGGAUUUUGGAAAUACAGAAAGAUGAACUGUGUCUCAGACAGUCCAUCCACCACGGGAAAAGGAGUGUUUUGCCUCUCUGAGAAUCAGAUUAUUUAUUACCAAAAGUAAUUUUAUAGUGAAUUGGUUUAAAGUUAUUUUACAGCCAUGUGCCUGUAUAUCAUAUUUUGGUAAAAAAACAGAUAUUUUACUUAAAAUAUAUAGAGAUAUAUAAAUAAACUUUUUGGAGGAAAUAGACUUUUUUUGCAAGGGAUCUGUGAAUCACCAAAGCAAUGAACUACCAGAGAAUAUUCUGCCAUUGGUUUUGGUGUCUUUGGGAGGAAAGAAGUAUGUUUGUAUUACUGCUGAAAAUUAGUAAAAGCUAAAGUGAGAAUUGAUAUUACUACUCCAUUUCAAAAAUAAAGAUCUUAGUUUCCACGUUGAUUUGUAUUAGUAACUAAAAAUGAAACACAAGGCCUGCUUACUGCUGCCAUUACCAAGGUUUAGGCCUUUUCCAGUGACACUUCUGCAAGCAGCUUUCGUGUGUGCUUUUGUUUCCCUCCGCUGCCCCUGGAACCACUCGCUUUCCGCCUUCCUGAGUUUGGCCGCGCCGCGUUUCCCGUCCCGUGUUACGUUCGUGGGUUUUAUUUGUGUGCUGUUCCGCUGUGCUGUGUAUCGCAGGUGUGAGGCAGCGGCGGCGCGGCGCCGGCCUUCCCGCGGAGACCCGACUGUGUGCAUCUUUUAUAGACUCGUAUUGUUUAAGACGUAACGUUCUUGUUUCCUAACAUGUAUGAUUUGGCUGUUGUCAUGAACGCCUUGCCUUUCUGGUGGUAUGGAAGGAGUUUAUGAUUAAUAAACUGUGGCAAACGCUUGUAUGUGA